AUGCAAACAACACGUCUGUUCCUCGGAGCUGGCCUCGUCGCCUUGCUCGUGGCCGUGUAUGCACCGGUAAUCGGGCAUUUCAUCACUAUGAUAGGAGUGUUUCGACAUCCGAGGCAAACGCACGCCAAUGCGUCUCAGGUGGUGGUAAUCGACGAUACUGUUCACUGCGAAGACUUGCACCAUCAUGUUGCAAGCAAUACCCUAUUUACUGCAUGUGAGGACUCCCCGGACACGCGCAUGUCAUGGUUUCCCGGACUGGCCAUCCUCGACGAUCCGGUCAAGGCCAUGAAUUCUCGAGGCUCAAUCCAUACCAUUGACCCCAAGACUUUUAAGUCUCAGAGGCUGAAACUCGAGAAUUUCGACGAGCCUUUCAUAACCCAUGGUAUUGAGGUUAUAUCCGACAACGCCAACUCCGUCUACAUUUACGCUGUGAACCAUUUGCCACACCCAGACUACGUAGCAGCGUACAGGUUUGACAGAGCUAUGGCGAAGAAGAUGCCAACCAAGGCACGAUCCCAGAUCGAGGUAUUCCACCAUGUCCUUGGAUCGUCCAGUGCCAAGCAUGUUCGGUCGAUCGUGCACCCGCUCAUCCAGACACCCAACGAUAUCUUUGCCUUGUCACCCCAUUCCAUCUACGUCACAAACGAUCACUACCACCGUGAGGGUCUGAGACGGAAGGUUGAGGACUUAUACGCGGGCAAUAAGUGGUCCAAUACGGUACAUGUGCACAUUGACGAAUUAUCCAAGGUCGACCCAACUCUGGGGCUCAAUGCCAGUGUGGCCAUCACAGGACUCCACAACAAUAACGGUCUCGGUUACUCACCGGUCGGUAUGGCCAUUGGGUGCGCCGCCAGCGGUCAAUUGCAUCUGGCUCGCACGGAUGGCAAGGUGGUCGAGUCGUUAACGUUUGACAGUACCAUUGACAACCCGAGCUUCUUCCAAGGACGCAACAUAAGCGGAUACGUCCUGGGUGGUCUCAGUCGGGCAGUCGAUCUGGAAAACACGAUACAUGACCCCCAGGGCAAAGAACCUGUCAUUGUUUGGUUUGCUCACCAGACGUCGAAUGGUUGGGAGAAGAAGGUCUUGUUUGAGGAUGAUGGCAGCAGGAUCCGCUCGUCGAGUGCGGCCGUCUUGGUCCAGGAUGGGACAUCAAGUCUGUGGUUGUUUGUUACCGGGUUCCUGUCCAACAACAUGGUUGCUGUUCAAGUUGACUUAGAAUAG